GUGGCGGCGGCGGCGACCACGACGGCGGCCGGUGACGGGCACAGCGCCGGGGGUAAAGCACCAUAUCCCAGUUAAAUUCUGCAUCAAGGAAGCCCAAGAUUGAAGACAAAGAUCAGAGGCACUGACUAACCUGGAAACAGGGACAUCUUUGGAACUUUCUCUACAGUAAUCUUUCAAACUAUCACCAGGUGAAAUCGAUUUCAUGUUACUCUGCUUAUUGAAAGAACAUGGCUUCAAGGAUUUUAAAUUUCCUUUUAGUUUUUCAUGAACUCUCUGGGAAAAGAAGCCCUUAAAGGGCUUGGGAAAAAGAAGAAGAGAUUGAAAACGGACAAUACCGCUGUCUGUUUUUCUCCCCCUUCAAAGAAAAGGAUUUACAAGUCAACCCCGUAACAGCUGUUGUCCAGCUUCGGCCACCAGGAGAGAAGUAAAUAAAAUACAGUCACCAUUGCCAGACAGCGCUGGUGAAGCCAGGUGUGAGAGUGGUGCCGAGGAGACUGCCGAAAGGGACGAGGACUGCAGCGAAAGAUCGGCUUUCUUCAAAGCUGAAGGGACCCCAAGUUCCUUCUGGGAUUAAAAUAGAAUCGUAGUGCACGCCUCUUAGGUGGAAGUGUGGUGUUGUGGAGGGGCUCUCGUAUCUCCCCAGAAGAGCUAAAGCUUCCUGCCCCUUCUUUUUGAAGACCUGCCUCCAUCCAUGAGCUUCACCUUGAUCUGCUUGGCUCUCCAUGUUUUCCACCUGCAGCUGUUUGCCUGCAUACAGCCUACUGUUUGUCUUCAAGUUUUAAGUUGUACAAGUUGUGCUUCUUAGUCUCCUUUUCUGCUUUAUUCUGGGGAGGUGUUAUUGAUCAUUUGAAAUCACCUUUCCCCCUCCCAUGUGCUUUCCUUCAUUUGAGAUCUUUUGACCUUUAUUUUUGUUUGGGAGGGGGAAGGGUGAUAAUUUUGCAUUUUUCUGUUUUCCCCAGUUUCUUUCCUCUCUGUUUCCCUCAUCCCAUUUUCUUGUCUGUUCUGCCGCUGUGUGGGCCUGGGCUAUGCGGCAGGGCACAUCUUUCAUCAGAGCUCCAACAUGCCCGCAGAGUCUGGAAAGAGGUUCAAACCCAGCAAGUAUGUACCGGUCUCAGCAGCCGCCAUAUUCCUAGUGGGAGCUACAACACUCUUCUUUGCCUUUACGUGUCCAGGACUGAGCCUGAAUGUGUCACCUGCAGUGCCCAUCUACAAUGCAAUUAUGUUCCUCUUCGUGCUGGCCAACUUCAGCAUGGCCACCUUUAUGGACCCAGGAAUUUUUCCCCGAGCUGAAGAGGAUGAAGACAAAGAAGAUGAUUUCCGAGCUCCUCUUUACAAAACGGUGGAGAUCAAGGGCAUCCAGGUGCGCAUGAAAUGGUGUGCCACCUGCCGUUUCUACCGCCCUCCUAGAUGUUCCCACUGCAGUGUCUGUGACAACUGUGUGGAGGAAUUUGAUCAUCACUGCCCCUGGGUGAACAACUGUAUUGGUCGCAGGAACUACAGAUAUUUCUUCCUUUUCCUCCUUUCCCUGACAGCCCACAUCAUGGGUGUGUUUGGCUUUGGCCUCCUUUAUGUCCUCUAUCACAUAGAGGAACUCUCAGGGGUCCGCACUGCUGUCACAAUGGCAGUGAUGUGUGUGGCUGGCUUGUUUUUCAUCCCUGUAGCUGGCCUCACAGGAUUUCAUGUGGUGCUGGUGGCUAGGGGACGAACAACGAAUGAACAGGUUACAGGUAAAUUCCGGGGAGGUGUGAAUCCCUUCACCAAUGGCUGCUGUAACAACGUUAGCCGUGUCCUCUGCAGCUCUCCAGCACCCAGGUAUCUGGGGAGACCAAAGAAAGAGAAGACAAUUGUAAUCAGACCUCCUUUCCUUCGACCAGACGUCUCAGAUGGGCAGAUCACUGUGAAGAUCAUGGAUAAUGGCAUCCAGGGAGAGCUGAGAAGGACUAAGUCUAAGGGAAGCCUAGAGAUAACAGAGAGUCAGUCUGCUGACGCGGAGCCUCCACCUCCUCCUAAGCCGGACCUGAGCCGAUAUACCGGGCUGCGAACGCACCUUGGCCUGGCUACUAAUGAGGAUAGCAGUCUCCUGGGCAAGGACAGCCCCCCUACACCUACCAUGUACAAGUACCGACCGGGUUACAGCAGCAGCAGCACGUCAGCCGCCAUGCCUCACUCCUCCAGCGCCAAGUUGAGUCGUGGAGACAGCUUGAAGGAACCAACCUCAAUUGCAGAUAGUAGCCGCCAUCCCAGCUACCGCUCAGAGCCCAGCUUGGAGCCAGAGAGCUUCCGGUCUCCCACUUUUGGAAAAAGCUUUCAUUUUGAUCCGUUGUCCAGUGGCUCACGAUCCUCCAGCCUCAAGUCAGCCCAGGGCACAGGCUUUGAGCUGGGCCAGCUGCAGUCCAUUCGUUCAGAGGGUACCACUUCCACCUCCUAUAAGAGCCUGGCCAAUCAGACACGCAAUGGAAGUCUCUCCUAUGACAGUCUGCUCACUCCUUCAGACAGCCCUGAUUUUGAGUCAGUACAGGCAGGGCCUGAGCCAGACCCACCUUUAGGCUACACCUCUCCCUUCCUGUCAGCCCGGCUGGCCCAGCAGCGGGAAGCCGAGAGGCACCCACGUUUGGUGCCAACCGGCCCACCACACCGAGAGCCCUCGCCAGUCCGAUAUGACAAUCUGUCUCGCCACAUCGUGGCCUCCCUCCAGGAACGAGAGAAGCUGCUACGACAGUCACCUCCACUUGCAGGCCGUGAGGAAGAGCCAGGCUUGGGAGACUCAGGCAUUCAGUCAACACCAGGCUCAGGCCAUGCCCCUCGUACUAGUUCCUCUUCAGAUGAUUCAAAGAGGUCUCCCUUGAGCAAGACUCCACUGGGACGCCCAGCUGUCCCCCGUUUUGGCAAACCAGAUGGGCUAAGGGGCCGGGGAGUAGGGUCCCCUGAACCAGGCCCAACUGCCCCCUACCCAGGCCGAUCAAUGUCUUAUAGCAGCCAAAAAGCCCCAUCUGGUGUCUCUGAGACAGAGGAAGUGGCAUUGCAGCCAUUACUGACACCCAAAGAUGAAGUACAGCUCAAGACCACCUACAUCAAAUCCAAUGGGCAGCCCAAGAGUAUAGGCUCAGCUUCCCCUGGCCCAGGCCAGCCAACUCUCAGUAGUCCCACAAGGGGAGGAGUCAAGAAGGUGUCAGGGGUGGGUGGUACCACUUAUGAGAUUUCUGUGUGAAUCUUGGCGCCUCCCCUCCCCCACACCUCUGAACCUACACCAAAGGGCCUCAGGUGGCCACCUUCCUUCCCUCAAGGGGCUCCCCUACUUUGCAUGGACAUUUUUAAACCACCGAUUCCAAGAGGAUGAGGCUUGUUUUACAAAAUGCCAUGGGGUUGAGGAGAGUUGGGGCCCUGAGACAGGGGUGGCACCCCCUCCCCCUUUUGAUCUUUUAAGACCUUCCUUCCCUUUGAUCCCUGGACCAGACUCAGUGGACAUUUGUGCAAUUGCUCGCCCUGGAGGGAACCAGAUCAUUUUUAAACCAGAAAUAAUUUUUUUUAUUAUUGUUACGGAUUCUAUUUUUUUCCUCUUCUCCGUUACCAGGUGUGUGUGUACAUAUAUAUAUAUUAUAAAUAUCAAAGAAAUUAUAUAUCUAUCCUGGGAUGGCAAAACAAGGGAGGGACAUAUAGAUAUAUAUAUAUAUAAGGAGGGGGAUUUUAUUCUUCCCUUUCCUUAGACCAGCAGGAAAAGAGACAGUACAGUCUUCCUUUUCCCCAUGGUUCCCUCUCUUUUGUCCCAGUUAUCAACUAAGGAAAUAGCACCCUCUGCUGGUGCUAAGUGAUUGGGAAAGAAACCUCAGUUAAGUCUGGGGUUCUUGGGUCAGAAAAAGGAACUUGCAGAGUUUCCUAGGCUCACUGACAUCUAGUUUCCCCAGGAAAGGGGUCACAGUUCCAUGACGGUGGUGGGAGAUCAGGAAAAGAGCUUGGCCUAGUUUACAAAAACAUCAGGCAAUCUCCCUCCCCCCCAUUCUUGGGAGACAGGGAUUGUGGUUGGCUUAGUGAGCCCAUUCAAUGCUUCUCUAUAACUUAGUUAAAAUGAUCUUCAAACCCAAGGCCAGAAGAGAAGAAUCCAAAAAGCAAUAUUUUUCAUCAUAUGCCAAAAAUGGGAUAGAGAGAAGGAGUGGCAGGCCUAGCCCCUCCGAUUGUCCCCUGGGGUUUACCCCUUAGCCCACCUCAAUAUGGUGCUGGGUAGAGGGGGUAGCUGGGGUCUAACCUUUAACAGGGAAGAGCCCAGCCUCUAUACAGAGACCCUAUAAUUUUUUUAUUCUGAUUAGCCAUUUUAAACCAACAAGGAAUAAAAUAAAUCCUGAUCUAACCAGCUCCCCCUGACUUGUGUUUUAUCUGGCUAAGACAAGGUGAAUGAUCUUGUGGGAAGUCAAAAGAGAAGCCUCAUUCUCUGGUCUGCUUUUGUUCUGGCUAACAAAUUAACCUAACUUUUCAUAACAAAAACUUCUUCUCUUUUGAAAUCUUAGAAUUUCUUAAUUUCUUAAUUUACUCUUAAAGAGUAAAAUGGGUUGGAGAGAUGGCUCAGCCAUAAAAGCACUGACUCCUCUCUUCCAGAGGAUCCAGGUUGGCAGCUCACAAUUGUCUGAUACUCUCACACAGAGAUACAUGCACACGAAACACCAAUACUCGUAAAAGUAAAUAAGUUAUUAUUAUUUUUCCUCUCCCGAGACGGUUUCUCUGUAGCUUUGGAGCCUGUCCUGGAAGUAGUGCAUGUAGACCAGGCUGGCUGGCCUCGAACUCAAAGAGAUUGACCUGCCUCUCGAGUGCUGGGAUUAAAGGCAUGUACAACCACUGCCUGGCUAAUAAAUUAUAUUUUUUAAGAAAAUAAAAAGCUAGACAUGGCAGUGUAUGCCUUUGAUCCCAGAACUUGGGAAGUAAAGGCAGGUAGGUCUCCUAAGUUUGAGGUCUUUAUAGCCUGCCGGGUUACAAAGUGAGACACUGUCUCAAAAACCACAACCCAAAACUUUGUUUUUCCCAAACAACCAAAUCCAUUUUUUAAAACUAAAGAAUAGAGAGGCAUUAUACUUCUUGCCAGAGGUUCACCUAGCACACACAAGGCUUGGGCCGGUACCCAGGAAAAAGAGUGGGAACAUAAUGAAACAAACACCAGUAUUUUUUCCCUGCUAAAACAUACUGGUGAUUCUGGGUGUUUCUUUGUAGUUCCCUGUUGUGUAUCAGCACAGGCAUACACCUUAUUUGGGCCAGCUUUCCUGAAGGGCUGAAAAAUCAACCAGGCACUUGGUUGGCUCUGAACAUUAUGGGCAAAAUACUAGCAAUCAGUGUUGCUUUCCAACCAUGUUCUCUUUUCUCAUCUUGAUUUCCCAGCCUAAGGAAAUAAUGUGAUGGCAAGAUUUCUAUCUUUGCAGUGCCUUUUCUUAAACUCUGACUCAUACAAAAUGGCACUUGCCUCUUAAAAGGUAGCCAUACUAGCUAGUCUGGUAAACACGCCGUUUUAAAACAAACAAACAAAAAAAAAC